AUGGGCUCUUGUGUUCAUUGUCGUGUGGCUCUUCACUGUAAACGCCAUGGAACCUAUAAACUCGUUCAUCGCGACAAGAUCACUAGAUAUCUUUGGUUGAACGAACAUGUUCUCACCCAUUAUCGACCAUGCCAUUUGCCGACGAGACUUUGUAUUAGGAGUACCCUUCAUCUCACCAACGAAACGAUCAAUAUUUGGUCUCAUUUACUUGGAUUUCUCUACUUUACAUAUUGUCAGCUUGAUGCCAAUUUACGUAAACUUCCGCUAUUUGGCGCAUCGAGGAUCGAUCAUUAUGUCAUUUCAUCGUCACUACUCGCCUCACAAAUGUGCAUGCUCUUUUCCGCUCUUUACCACACGUUCGGCUGUCAAUCGACUUCUCGAAGACGCAAAUUUCUGAACCUCGACGUUUUCGGUAUUUCGGCCGGUCUUCUCGGCAUGUACCUCUCCGGGAUUUACACAGCGUUUUACUGUUUUCAGGACUGUCUUCAAUCGUAUCUCUAUUUUCUGUUGGCUCUUCUAUGCAUUGCCGCCUAUCUUCCAUCAAAAAGGGAAAAGUUGCUUAAAAAGGGUUCCCGUGUUGGCCCGCUCCAUUUGGUGUACUCAGCUCUUGUCCUAGCCGGUCUUCUCCCGACAAUCCACUGGAUUUCCAUGCAUGGCGGUAUUUGGGGUCAACAAGUGCAGACCUGGCUUCCCAAUAUGAUUGUUGUGUACGCAUUGACAGGUGGCGCAUUCUUCUUCUAUGUGACGCUCAUUCCAGAAAGUUUGUCACCAGGCACAUUCGAUGUAUGGGGCAGCAGUCAUCAAUGGUGGCACCUUCUCAUCCUCGCUGCAAUGGUUAUCUGGCAUCGAGCUGGGAUGAAUCAUUUAGAAUAUCAUUAUCUUCAUCGAGAAUCUUGUCCAUCACUCAAUCCAAUCACACCCAUCGUUCAUCAUAAUAUUUCAAAGCCUUUAAGU